UAUUGCCAAUGGAUUUGAGCACCGAUUCAGACAUCGAUGACAGCGGCGAUUUGUUGGACGCCAUCGACGAUCGCUUUAUGACCGACCAAUCGCUUCCCGACAAUGAUUAUUACAAGAGGUUUGACUCAUUGGUGAAACGAGUGGCCGGACGGUUGGGCCCCGACGUCAAGCCAGUGGUCGGCGCUUCCAGUCAUACUUUAACCACUGAUUUAAACAGUGAUAUAACAUGUGAUAUAAAACCUGAUGUCAACGCCAUUGCGGACAACUCGGCGCCCGAUAUUACCGUCAAUAGUAGCGCCACAGCAUCGGGUGAUUGUGUGCCACAAAUUGCUGGCCAACCAAUGAUCACGCAAUCAGACACCGAUGUGUCCGCUACUGACGAAGAACUCAUCGAUGUUAAGCCAAUCAUAACGGAUCCGAGUAGACGGUCAUUGGCCGCCCCUUUAAGCACUCAAACCGAAGACACAGAUAGUGGUGAACCAGUGAUGGCUAAUAUAGCGGCGCCACUGAUUGGGAACAAUACAGUGAACCAUAAUAGAGACGAGCAGUCAUGUGAUGGCACAACACCUAUCGGUGCCGUCAUUUCACACACCGAUAGCCAGACAAUUGCCACAACUAAUCAUAAUGACACAAAUAAUGUCGAAGAAGUGGUUAUUAGCGAAGAUAACGGUGUAAACAGUGGUCAAGAGUUUAGCGCACUGGCAGUGGACGUGGCGGACAGUGACUCGACAGUAAUAAUCUCUGACCACAAUGGCGAAGAAGUGACCAAAGAGUCGGUUCCGGCGGCGAUCGGUUUGAAAAGGGGUCGACACUCAGUGGGCGGGCACUUCCGGCGCCGCAACAAACCUUUACGGGAAUAUCGCGGCGACGCCUCUAACCAUUCGGACACUACUGGCUAUUGCGGCGCCGAUAGUGGCCACUCGUUCGCGUCAUUUGACGGUUCGCUGCGAGACGUGUCUAAACGCAUGGCAUCUAAAACUACUAGUCGUUCAAAGACUGGCCGCCGAUCGUCGGCGAUGUCCACCAUCACAGCGCCGGACACCAGCCGUUCCCGGAGUUUGACGCCACGCGAUCGCUACGAAAGCCAGCACUCAGUGCGGCCGCAGAGCCUAUUGACUGUACCGCUAGUGUCGCCCUUCCCUGUGCUCUCUGGCCUUUCAACGAUCUCAAAGGCUUCUACUCAUCGCAGCUUUUCCAGCGAUACGGACGGGAAAUCGCCGGACACGACAUCAUCGACGCCCACGACCUCUAAGACAACGACCAACGCGUCGGCGCAUACCGUGACCUACAGUGAGAAGCGAUACAAAUGCGACAAAUGCUCGCAAACCUACGGCCACGAGCGUCACCUCAAACGGCACCAGAAGUUACAACACGGCGUACGCGAGCCCUACCGGUGCUAUGGGGACGGCUGCGACCGCCGGUACCCCACAGAGUUCAGACUGAUGGCACAUAUACGAGACAAACAUCGCGACCGUCACUACCGGUGCCGAUACGGUCAGUGCGAGAAGUGGUUUCCGUCCGAAUUGCUGCUCAACAAUCAUCGGCUCGCAGUCCACGACGUGUGCUAUCCGUACCGUUGCCUUCGCCAGCCGUGCGACGGGAAGAAUGGCUACGAUGUGUACGAUAUGCUACGCGAGCACCAGUUGGGCGCACAUGACUUAUAUCGAUGCGAUUACAAGCGCUGCCACCGGGCGUACGACACGGCCGAUAGGCUGCGCGCUCACCGGCGACGGUGUCGACAUCGGCCCCACUCCCAGCGCUCGCACUACACGUCGUCGCACAGGUCUAUGGAUAAGACUUAUGGGCGCACUGAUUGCCGGGAAAGGUAUGACAAUCGGGAACAACUGGACGAGCGUAUAGACAGUGCCCACAAACCCCGCUCCGGACACACUGUGACUCCCGAUAAGCGUCGGUUGGCUGAGAGGGAGAGCGCCCGCAACGGAACAGUCAUUGACACCGACGACGAAGAGUUGACCGAUUGUCGCACCGCUGGAGACGACGAGACACCGACUGCCGUAUCGCACAAAUCGGUGGACACAUCGGUGGCGGCGCCGCUCGAGACGACCCCCAAUGAACCACAAAAUCAAAGAAAAUUCAAAUGUAAUGAAGAAAAAUGUGGCAAAAUUUUUAAAACAAAAUGGUAUUUAAUUAAACACAAACGCAUACAUUCGGGAGAAAAACCACUUGUUUGUGAUUUUAAUGAAUGCAACAAAAGUUUUACAACAAAACAGAACUUAUUUCUCCACAAAAGUUGUGUUCAUUUGAAUAAAAGGAAAUUUAAAUGCAAUGAAGAAAAUUGUGGCAAAAAAUUUACAACAAAACAAAGUUUAUUUCGACACAAAAGCAUUAUCCAUUCGGGAGAAAAACCAUUUUUNACCAUGUUCGGGGGUUUGCUGGUCAUCAAUGAGAAA